AUGCUCCCCGCCGCACUCCUUCCCUCUCCGCCGGGGUCCCUCCUCGCUUCCACCCCUCUCCGCUGCCACGCUCCGACCCAGCAGCCCUCCAUCGCCGCCGCCGCCCGCGGCCUCCUUCUCCGCGGCGCGCGCUCCCCGGUCGUCAAGCGCGUCCCGGACGGUGGCAGGUGGCUCCUCUGGCACCAGUCCGGCCCCCGCGUCGCGCUCUCCACCUCUAUGGACGGCCUCCGCUGGAGCGCCCCCGUAUCUCCCGAACCACUGCUGCCAUCAGAGGAUUGGUGGGCGUUCGACACCGCCUCUGUUCGCCCCUCCGACGUCCUCCUCAUCUCCGGCCCCGCGGCGUCAUCCCGCCGCUUCCCGUCCUCCGCCGUGUACUGGCUCUACUACACAGGCUCCACUGACGAGCGGUUCGGCUCCCCGUUUCCGGACGCGGACGUCCCCGCGCUUCCCGGCCUCGCUAUCAGCCAGGACGGCCGCCACUGGGCGCGCAUCGAGGGGGACCACCACACCGGCGCGCUGUUCAGCGUCGCGGAGGAUGGGGAAGAACCCCGAGGGUGGGAGGCGCGCGGCAUUGUCGCACCCAAGGUGGUGAUGCACGCAGACGGGGACCUGCGGAUGUACUACCACUCGUUCGACGAAAUGUCGCAGAGGCAUGCCAUCGGUUUGGCCAGGUCCAGGGAUGGCAUCCGGUGGAAGAAGACGGGGAAGGUGCUUGAGGCGGGGCGUGCUGGAUCCUUUGACGAAUGCGGGGUACGACAUGGACAUGUGGUCCGUGACCGAGCUGCCAGGCGGUAUGUCAUGGUGUUUGAGGGUGUCGAUGCAGAUGGGAGAGUGAGCAUUGGAAUGGCCGUUUCAGAGGACGGGCUGAAAGACUGGAGGCGGUCCAGCGAGAUGCCAGUGCUGUGCCCUUCUGACGAUGAUGACGGGUGGGAUGGCGCUGGGGUUGGUUCACCGUGCUUGGUACGGAUGGAUGGGGCCUAUGAUUGGAGGCUGUAUUACAUGGGUGUUGGGAGGGACGGGGAGGCUUCCAUUGGGAUGGCGUAUUCUGAGGGUCAGGCUCUUCUGAAAUUCGAGAAGUGUGAUGCUGUUCUCAUGUAA